AUGCUGCUUGCACGUUUUGCUUCCCCCUAUAGUGGCCAAGUCAACACCAAAGUCGAUAACAUCGGCCGCAACAGUGCAACUCUGAUAUCCAGAGCUCAUUCUAUGCACAACAUGUGCCUUGUUCUUGCGAAGAGGUUCGAUGUCGCAUCAGGUUCUCAUGAGCUUUACAAGGACGUCAGAUUCUGCUGGGCUCUCAAUUACCUUGGGCUUGAUCGGUCAUCUGGGGUACAACCGAGACCGGUUUUAGCAGCCGCCGAGCAGGUGUACAUGAUUAUUGAGCGUGCUGCUUCUUUUUCCAAACGAGCACCGCCUUCGUUGGCCCAAGCUGCCUCGUCACAAGCCUCUGCUGUGGCAGAGUGGAUUCCUCAGCCAUCUGACCAGCUUCUCCCGGAGAGCCGUGUCACCACCCAGAUUCGGCAAAUGCAGCGAGCACAAAGGUACUUCAGCGUGAAGCUCGAAACUCUUGCAUCCCAGAGUGUCGGAGCAGCAUCCGCUGCAAGAGACAAGAAGCGUGCUGCCACUAGGUGGGACCAGCAGAGGACUCAGCACAACGCGGAAGGACCAUCCUCCCGCAAGCACUUGUUAUGCGUCGCGCACGCAUACGAUGAGCCGCAGCGCUGUGAGCUAUGUAGCAAGGUGUUCCGGGUGAGCCAAAAGAAGCAAGCUCUCAAUGACGCAUGUCCUCGAUCUGCAAUUUUGCAGAGGCCUGGGAUGCAGCAGCCGCGGCCAUGA